AUGGAGUUACUGCCUGAAGGUAAAAAAAAUCAAACCAAUGUCAGCUACAAAGAUCAACAAUUAAUAAAUGAAUUUUCAAAAUUGAUUAUGCGUAAAGAUUCAAUCGAAGAACAACUAAACUUACAAAAUGAGGAAAAAUCAUAUUUAGAAGAUGUAUCUUUGGAGAUAGAACUUAUAGACGAAGACCAAUUGGUUCAUUAUAAAAUCGGUGAUGUAUUCUUGAUGCUACCACAAGAAGAAGUAGUGAAUUUAUUAGAAUCGGAUACUGAAGUUAUCGAUUCAAAAAUAGAUAAUUUACAGAAUUCAAAAUCAGAAAUUGAUGAUAGAUUAAAAGAAUUAAAAGCUCAAUUAUAUGCUAAAUUCGGUGAUAAUAUCAACUUGGAACGUUAG